GGGGGUACGCCUGUCCUAGCGGUUGGUCCAAAGGUUUUGUUACUGGUGACCGGUAUCAGGGAACACACGGUAUUUACUGGGGGUGACAUUUUUUACGUCAUAGCGACGCCUGAUCAUACCUUCUAGUACGAGAGGGAUCCACGGACAAGAAGAGAGAAGACGUGAGAGUAAAACCUGCGCAGCAGCAUGGCGAGAGAACAUCACCUUGCGCCUGCGGAGCGCCCUCAGGCCUACGCCGACGCCAUCUUCUCCAUUGUCGCCACUAUAAUGAUACUGCCCCUGUCGGGAGAGGCUGUAAAGGAGAUUGCUGAUGAAGAGAACCUGCUGACGGGUUUAGGAGAGAUGUGGUUCAAACUGGUGAUCUACGCGAUAUCGUUCUUUCUGGUCUCCUCUUCAUGGGACUUGCACGCAUGGAUUUUCCGGAUGAUAGAGAAAGUUAAUGAGACUAUUGUGCUUCUGAACCUGGGUGUCUUGAUGAUGACAACCUUUGUGCCAUAUGCGUUUCUGAUGUUCGCCGAGCAUCCCAGGGAACCGCUAUCCGUGGUGCUGUUCUGUAGCUGCGUGGCUAUUCAGGGCUUCUUCAUGCUGGCCAUACUGUUGCAUGCUUAUUCAAGACCCAACCUGCUGAAAAAGGAGUUUGUCCAGCAAGGGAAGGAGGAAAUGAAAUUACAACGGACACGCGCUACCAUCAAGGUGUUGAUCAGGCCGAUCAUUUACCUCAUCACCAUUCCUGUUAGUUAUGGAUCCAUCGAAGUCGCAUGGGCACUUCUUGUUCUGGCAGUACUGAAACCAAUCAUUUUCUUAAUUGUGGAUGCCAUCAUAAAAUGUGCUAAAGGCAAAGUAGAAGAAGGCACCAGUCUAUUUAAGCUGUCCCGUCUCUAUUCGGAGACAUCGGAUGUUUUCAGGACCAAUGGCUUCAGUGACGGUGUGUAUGCCAUCGUGGCCACCCUCAUCAUCCUGGACAUUUGUGUGAACAACGUUCCAGCCGAAGGGAUUUUAGACGUUCAUGGCACUUUGGCAGAGGCCCUUGCUCAUGAUGCCAGUGUGUUCCUGUCUUACGCUGGAACAUUCGUGACAAUUUGUCUCCUGUGGUACCUGCAUCACUCAAUGUUCUACCACAUACGUGCACAGAACUCGCUGCUGUUGACCUUCAACAAACUGGCACUCAUGUUUGCUGGAUUUCUCCCAAUCGUUUUCAAGUUAACGGGAGAGUUUGGGCACUUGGUGCGAAACAACAAUACAUCAGUAGCCGUACAACUGAACAGUGGCACGGUGUUUCUGGCUAGUGUCUGGUUCCUGGCCAUAUGGAUCACAGCUAUGUGUAAGAAGUCCGAGCUGCUACAUCCGUCUGCUCACGGCACCCACGACUGUGUUUUCAUGUUUUUGAACCUGCUCAUCUAUCCCAUUGUCAGUUUGGUGAUAUUUUGCGUCUGCUUCGCCGUUCCAGUGCCAUCUGCAGUGAUCAAUGGGGUACAGAUUGCCUUGAUUGCGGUCUUCAUACUUCUAAAACUUGUCCGUAACUGGACUCAGAGAUGCGUGAGUGAACAUGAUCCAGAGGAAUCCCCGGAAACCGACGUAGAACUCUCCGACUAUAAGGGACAGCCGGGUGGACCAAAGGAAGGGGGUCUAGAGGGGCACGACAAUGCUGCUGUCGAAUCUGAGUCCACUUCCUUGUAAACCCUCAAACAGGACAUAUUGCGGUUUAAAAUAGUUGUUUUUGUAUAAUAUUCCAAAUAUGAAAUCAAGGGCUACAAAAAUCAAACGUAAAUGUACGUUGCGGUGCGACCGCCGUCUAGCGGAAAUACAAUCAGAGAAUAAUUCCAAAUGAAUGUUUCUUAAAAUGCAACAGGGUACCCAUCGAAUGGCCAAUAAGCAACUUCAUUGCUACCUAGUAACUUAAAGCUAAUGAAUGGAAGUCGUUGCAUAUCGAAACGUACGAACAGUGAGUAAUUAGUGUGUGUGUGUGUGUGUUUGUGUGGGUGUUGUGUGUGUGUGUGUGUUUGUGUGUGUGUGUGUGUGUGUGUGUGUGUAUGUGUUUGUUUUAGCUGGUAUAUGUAGCCGACCCUAUUGUACAAACUAAGUUUUCAAAUCUACGUAAUCUUUUGAAAUAGAAAUCAUACAUGUAGUGAUUGUAGUCGUUCCUUAUUUCUUUUACUUGUGUAAAUGUAGUUUUUAACAUGAUCACGUAAUGUAUGGUUCUGUCACUUGUUAAUCGAUUGGAUGCUGAUGUUGCUAUAUAUGAUUAAUGGUCACUUGUCAUAACAAACAGGAUCUGAUUGAAUGUAAAGCUAUUGAUCGAAAUUCAACGUAAUGGUUGU